AUGAGUCAAGACUCCAAAGUGAAUACCAAAGAGUCCUCUCCUCAGGCAUCUUCCAAACCCAGGAGGAAAGUGCCUGUCCUGGAUCCAUCAGGGGACCAGUAUUAUUGGUGGCUCAACACCAUGGUAUUCCCAGUCAUGUACAACCUCAUAAUCCUUGUCUGCAGAGCCUGCUUCCCAGACCUCCAACAUAGUUACUUGGUGGCCUGGCUGGUCUUGGACUAUAUAAGUGACCUGCUCUACUUAGUGGACAUCUUCGUGCGCUUCCACACUGGGUUCCUGGAACAGGGCAUCUUGGUACUGGACAAGGGCCAGAUCUCACGGCGCUAUGUGCGCACAUCAAGCUUCUUGUUGGAUAUACUGUCCCUGGUGCCCACAGACUUGGCAUACUUGCGCCUGGGCCCACAUACACCUACACUGAGGCUCAAUCGUUUCCUCCGAGUCCCACGCCUUUUUGAAGCCUUUGACCGAACAGAGACACGUACAGCAUAUCCAAAUGCCUUCCGAAUUGCCAAACUUAUGCUCUAUAUCUUUGUUGUCAUCCACUGGAAUAGCUGUCUGUAUUUUGCAUUGUCAAGGUACCUAGGCUUUGGGCGAGAUGCCUGGGUAUAUCCUGACCCAGCACAGCCAGGCUUCGACCGACUUCGUCGCCAGUACCUUUACAGUUUCUACUUCUCUACACUCAUCCUCACCACUGUAGGUGAUACUCCACUGCCAGCCCGAGAGGAGGAGUAUCUUUUUAUGGUGGGUGAUUUCUUGCUGGCUGUCAUGGGCUUUGCCACUAUAAUGGGUAGCAUGAGCUCAGUCAUCUAUAACAUGAACACAGCUGAUGCAGCCUUCUACCCUGACCAUGCACUUGUCAAGAAAUACAUGAAGCUACAGCAUGUCAAUCGCAGACUAGAGCGUCGUGUCAUUGACUGGUACCAACACCUACAGAUUAACAAGAAAAUGACAAAUGAGGUGGCAAUUCUGCAGCACCUGCCUGAGCGUCUGCGGGCUGAAGUUGCUGUGUCAGUGCACCUACCCACCCUCAGCCGUGUGCAGAUUUUCCAGAACUGUGAGGCCAGCCUCCUGGAGGAGCUCGUGCUAAAGCUACAACCCCAGACCUAUUCACCAGGAGAAUAUGUGUGCCGUAAGGGGGAUAUUGGCCGUGAGAUGUACAUCAUCCGAGAAGGCCAGUUGGCUGUGGUGGCUGAUGAUGGUGUUACCCAAUAUGCAGUGCUGGGUGCUGGGCUUUACUUCGGGGAGAUCAGCAUCAUAAAUAUCAAAGGGAAUAUGUCUGGUAAUCGUCGGACUGCAAACAUCAAGAGUCUGGGCUAUUCAGACCUGUUCUGCCUAAGUAAGGAGGACCUACGAGAGGUGCUGAGUGAGUACCCACAAGCACAGGCUGUCAUGGAGGAGAAGGGCCGAGAGAUCCUGCUUAAGAUGAACAAGCUGGAUGUGAAUGCGGAGGCAGCUGAGAUAGCACUGCAGGAGGCUGUGGACAACCGCCUGCGUGGUCUUGAUCAGCAGCUGGAUGAGCUGCAGACCAAGUUUGCCCGCCUUCUGGCUGAACUAGAGUCCAGUGCCCUCAAGUUAGCAUAUCGCAUUGAGCGACUAGAGUGGCAGACUCGUGAGUGGCCUGCCCCUGAGGAGACUGAAGUAGGGGUUGAAGAUGAUGGGGAUGGGAAGGUGGGGGAGGCCUCCUAG